CUGAUUUUGCAAGCGCCAAAAUCUGUCCAAUCCACCGAGCAAAACCAUAUUAUUUGCGAACGAAUCGACGGUUCGACCGACCCGCCGAUCGAAAAGUUCAUAUCCAUGGGUACACCGGCGGAGGAGACCACCUCGAGCGGCAGCACGACGAUCCUCCUCGUCAGCUCCGACGGCCGCCGCUUCGAGGUGGCGGAGGUGGCGGCGAGCAUGUCGAGGCUGGUGUCCCACAUGAUCGAGGACGGCUGUGCGGAGGGCGGGGUCCCUCUCCCCAACGUCACCGGCGACAUGCUCGCCAAGAUCGUGGAGUACUGCAACAAGCACGCCGGCGCCGGCGUCAGCUCGGAGCCGGAGCGGGAGGAGCUGAAGAAGUUCGACGCCGACCUGGUGAACGUGGACCUCGUGCCGCUGUUCGAGCUCAUCAUGGCGGCCAACUUCAUGGACAUCCAGGGUCUCCUGGACACGGCCUGCCAGAAGGUGGCGGACAUGAUGAAAGGCAUGACGGUGGAGCAGAUUAGGGAGACGUUCAAUAUCGCGAACGACCUUACGCCGGAGGAGGAGGCGGCGAUCCGGCAGGAGAACGCCUGGGCCUUCGAUUAGCCAUUAUAGAGGUGUUUAAUUACGGAUAAUUUAAUCUCAUAUACAUUAUAUAAUCCACGUGUCUGUUAGGAUUUCUUUUUGUAUGCUUAAUAAUCACUUCACUCUAGAUAUAAUGGUUUUCGUGUCCAAAUUUAUACCGUGCGAUUAAGUUCCCAUCCGUAUUGGGUUUAAGGUGCUCGUCGUUUUUGUU